GAUAGUAAGUCAACCAUCGCGCGAGCUCACUGCAAGCACUGUGACCGUACGCACUAUGGCGGCGGCGAUAACUGCUGGUACACCUUCCCUGAGAAGGCCACACAGGAAUGGCGUGACAAGAACGCCGACUACAUCAAGACCAAGAAAGGCGGCGCCAACGCUGCCGCUGUGAAGGACAACUCAUAUUUUCAGCCUCACAACGGUCUCAUGUUCUUUACAGCUCGUACAACCCCCGUAGUCGACAUCAGCAACACGGUUCGCGAGCUUGCUGGACGCGGUGAGUACCAGAACCGUCUCAUUCUCGACACUGGAGCCACCGAUCACCUUUGCAACGACCACAGUAAGUUCACCAGCUUCGAUCGAGGCAGCUAUUACGCUGUUAUCAACACCGGCGCUGGUCCAAUUACAAUCACGCAGAAGGGCACUAUCAAGGUAACAGUCCUCCGCUCCGACGGUACAAGCGAACAAGUCUCUUUCUCCAACGUG